UACGACUCAUCGACGCACAUACGCACUGCACUCCCUGCCGAGGUUAACGCAGCCAUGCAAGGACCGGCAGACGAAUUGCACACAUUCACUCGCUGUGCAAAUGAUUUGAUUUAAUGUUCCAUUUGUACUGCAUGACAAAUGAAACUGACUGGGCGUCCCGACUCAAGCGCACUUAGUCAUACGCGGUUCAGUCGCUGCGAGGGAACGCUCGGAACUGCCAGUCCGAAGGUUUUUGUCCUGGCAGCAUCUGCGCGGAGGGCUUUGCCCGUUUGGCGCAGAGAUGCUCCCCGGACAGGCAAUUUCUGUGUGACCGCGGUGCGUGUGUAAUCAGACAGUCGAAGCCCAGCGCUGGAUUACCAAACGCAGCCUCUUGCUCUUCAUACUGUAGGGCCAAGCCGCGGCUCCCCGGAUGCUUCUGUCGGCAGUCUGGCAGGGCAGAGCUGCUGCCCUGGUCUGGCUGAGUCUGCGUGCUAGUCCUGCUGGGUCUGAUUCUGGGUCUGAUUCUGGUCACUUCUCUUUGGGUCGGAGUACGUAUUGCAUGCGCCUAGUGCAUCGGGGCUUCCCACUUUCUGCCGCACGCCCCCUCCACCUCGGCAGCGCACCAACGCCAGUUCCCACCCCUCCCCCCCUCCCUCCCUCCGAACUGUCUCCAGCCCUCCAAGCAUCGACGUUGACGAAACCGGUAGGGCCGGCCUGGGCGUCUGGGAUGAUAUAAAGCAAAGCGUUUUGCCACCACAUCGCCGUCAGAUCGAACUCUCCAAACCGCAAAAUCUAC